GACAAAAUCGCUUUACGGCAAGAGCGUGCGGCUAAUGUGUGUGGAGGUCAGAGGCAAGACAGAACAGCGAGUUCUUGAUACAAAUAUGCUGCUUUCUUAAAAAAAUAGAAACGAGCCACCAACUAUAAUAUUCUUUUUAUUAUAUUGACGUUGAUCACAACAGUUCAGCGUGGAUCAUCUAAGUCGUUACAUCAUAAUUAGCGUUUCUUAGCCAAAGCCUUUUUUUUUUUUUCCCACCAUCCACCUAAACAUGGACAACAACCCACAAGGCUCCGGGGGACUGAAGGCGAGUCUCGGUGGUCUCUUCGGAGGUGGAUCACCUGAAUAUUCCAACACGGAGCUCUCCGGUGUUCCAUUGACUGGAAUGAGCCCUUUGUCGCCUUACCUUAACGUCGACCCUCGUUACUUAAUUCAGGAUACAGACGAGUUCAUUCUGCCUACAGGCGCCAAUAAGACAAGAGGAAGGUUCGAGCUGGCUUUCUUCACAAUCGGAGGUUCUUGCAUCACAGGAGCUUCUUUUGGUGCUUUAAAUGGUCUCAGGAUGGGCCUGAAGGAAACCAGAGACAUGGCUUGGUCCAAACCUCGAAAUGUACAGAUCAUCAACAUGGUGACAAGGCAAGGUGCUUCGUGGGCCAACACUUUGGGUUCAGUCGCCUUGUUGUACAGCGCGUUCGGCGUGGUGAUCGAGAAGGUCAGAGGAGCUGAGGACGACAUCAACACAAUAGCAGCCGGCACGCUGACGGGGAUGCUCUUCAAGGCAGCGGGCGGCGUCAAGGGUGUGGCCCGUGGGGGUCUGGCCGGUCUGGCCUUGUCUGGGGCCUACGCCGUCUACAACAACUGGGAGCAUCUGACGGGAACGUCGUCACCGUCCUCCUCUAGGCUUUACUGAAUUCCUCCUCCUCCUUUUCCUCUGAUGUUAGGGCCAAAUUAUCUGCAAGUGGAUCUUCUCAUGAUGAACUUUGCCUUACAGUCGGUUCUACUCUUGUAUUUAUUUCACCGUGAUUGUCAUCAGAAGCUGAACACGAAUGCGUGUCUCCCGUUAUUUGAUGUAAUAGUUGAGAAAUACCAUUAAAAAAAAGCAAACAUUU